AAAACACCAAAACAUGGUUUUCAGUGGGUAUUUAAACCCCUUUAAGUUUUAAUUUCAAAGGUAAAAAUUAAAUUUGUUUUAAAGUAUUUCUAUGAGGUCUUACUUCCGAGGAUUGUGGGUAGUGUAGACUGCAGUAACCUUUUUAAUUUUUUCAUUUUUUUUAUUAUUAUUAUCAUCAUCAUUAUUAUUAUCAUUAUUUAACAAAAAAUAUAUAGUUAUUUAUCACUAUUUAAUGUUUUUAUUUGGCAAAUACCGUCUUACGUUUUCUGUCAGUGAUCACGUGAACACCUCAAACCCGGAAGUGACACCAUAGAUUUGACAGAUGAGUUGGAACUAAAUUGAAAACAGUUUGCCUUUAGGAUGUUACCGAAACAGCUCACUGAGAAAUAAUUCCCGGUUCUGUGGAUGUUUUGUUCGGGAUCCGGAUCGGACCAGAGGAUUAAGCUAUGCGUCUGGAAACGCUGCUGUCUGUGGGAGGCAGUAGACGGACUAUGACGUCUCCCUACCUCGCUCGGCUGCUCCUGUUCAGCCUGUUCAUGUCGUGUGGACGUUUCGCGGUUGUGUCAGCCUGCAAACAGGAGCCCGAGACCCCAGACUGGAGAAUGACACUGAAAACUAUUCGUAACGGCAUUCAUAAAAUCGACACGUACUUGAACGCAGCUUUAGACUUGUUUGGUGGGGAUGACGGGCUGUGUCAUUACAAAUGCAGUGAUGGUUACAAACCUAUAGCUCGUCCUGGUUACAAGCCUUCACCACCCAAUGGGUGUGGAUCCCCUCUCUUUGGAUUUCAGUUUGAUAUAGGUAUCCCAUCCAUGACCAAGUGUUGUAACCAACAUGACCGCUGCUAUGACACCUGUGGUCGUGAGAAGCAUGACUGUGAUGAGCAGUUUCAGGAAUGUCUGGAAACCAUCUGCAGAAAUGUACAAAGAACUCUGGGAUUAGCCCAGUCUGUGCAAGCAUGUGAGUCUGCAGUGACGCUCCUUUUCGACGCUGUCAUGCACUUGGGAUGCAAGCCAUACCUGGAUAGUCAGCGGGCCUCCUGUGUGUGUCAGUAUGAGAUGAAACGGGAGCUAUGAUACUGCAGAGACUGGCACAGACACACUAAUUAAAGAAGACCAAGAAUAAAGCUUUUUAUCUAAAAUUGUAGAUUUAUCUCAGGGAUGCAACUCCUACUGACACUAAGUUGUGCUCUUCUCCUGUUUUUAGAAAAGAGAACAUUCAAAUAGUUAUAUAUGUGUAAACUAGAAGUGCAAUGAUGUUAGUUUGUGGACAGUUUACGUCCUUUCUAUAAAAAUGUUCGGAAGUGGUUUGCUGAAAAUGUGUGUUGUUGUUUUUUGUUUUUUUUUUUUCACAGGAUAAACUUAAAAAAAAAGACUAAAACUAGAGAACAAGUGUCAAGGUGUUUACCUGGUCUUUUACCAACUAUUUUGUGUCAGUUAAGUUAUACUCUUCCCAAAUAAUAUAUAAUAUUUGUAAUAUUUAGGUAAGCAUUGCCAACUAAUUGGCAGUUACCUAAUUCAUAAUGUGAAAUGUUGAUUAAAGCGUAUUGAAGAUUGAGCUGAAAUUAA